UCUUUUCUUGGCACGUAGUUUCGCUUCAUCUUACACGAAAAACUCUGAGAGCCUUGUCCUCUUCUGCCCCUUCUUCAUUUCACCAGCAAUCAAACAACAAUUGUUCCUGCUUUUUCCACCCGUUCACACAUACAAUGUGUUCCUGCGCGGUUUUUCCACUUUACCUUAUCUUCAUCUCCUUUUCUUGGUAGUUUCGUUUCAUCUUACACGCUCUUGACUUCACAUUGGCGUUGAUCGAAGCUACCAGGAAACUGUGAUCAAGCGGUGUACCUAUUUUCGAGCUGUGCUCCUUUCCUUUUCCUCUUCCUCUUCUGCUCCUUCUUCAUUCCAUCAGCGAGCUGAGCGUGAAAUCAAACAAAAAGCUAGAUUCGAUGGCCACCCAAUUGAGAGCUUCUUCCUCAUUAUCUUCUGUUCCUUUUUCUACCCGUUCAUACACACACGAUGUGUUUCUGAGUUUCAGAGGCGAGGAUACACGCUACAAUUUUACAGGUCAUUUACACAGAAAUUUGGUUCAAAGGGGGAUCAACACUUUCAAAGAUGAUGAUGAUCUUCCAAGAGGAGAGGAAAUAUCAGAAGCACUUCUCCGAGCCAUUGAAGUAUCAAAGCUCUCUCUCAUUGUGUUCUCUGAAGACUAUGCAUCCUCAGAGUAUUGUUUGGAUGAACUAGUUCAUAUCCUUGAAUGUAGAAGAUCAAAGAACCAAAUGGUUCGGCCAAUCUUUUACAAAGUGGAUCCAUCGGACGUAGGACAGCAACGAGGUACAUUUGGUAAGGCACUUGCAGAGCAUGAGCGCAGAUUCGAAGAUGACAAGGUGUUAAGAUGGAGAGCAGCUCUUUUAGAAGCGGCUAAUUUGUCUGGGUGGCAUUUCUCGAGCGGGUAUGAAUCUAAAUUUAUUGAUAUAAUUGUUGAAGAGGUCUCUACACAACUAAAAGAUCGUACCAAUUUGGAUGUGGCAAAGUGUCCGGUUGGGAUAAACUCUCGCCUACAAGACAUGCUUGAAAUUUUAGAUGUUAGGGGAGGUGAUCAUAUACGUAUGGUAGGGAUAUGGGGAAGUGGUGGAAUAGGGAAGACAACAAUUGCUAAAGCUGUUUACAAUACAGUUGCCCAUGAGUUUGAUGGUAGCUGCUUUUUGGCAAAUGUUAGAGAAGGUUCAGAGCAAUAUGGAGGUUUAGUCAACCUACAAAACAUCAUUCUUUCAAAGAUUCCAGGGGGCAAAGAACUGAAAGUAAUCAAUGUUGAUGAAGGAAUUACUUUGUUGCGGGAGAGGUUGAGAUAUAAAAGGAUUCUUUUAGUUCUUGAUGAUGUGGAUCAAUCGGACCAGUUAGAGAAAUUAGCUGGGAGACCAGAUUGGUUUCACAGCGGUAGUAGAGUUAUCAUAACAACAAGAGAUAGGCAUUUGUUGAUUGCUCAUCGAGUGAGUCAAAUAUACAAGGCCCGGGGACUUAAUCGUCAUGAAGCUUGUGAGCUAUUCCUUGAAAAUGCCUUGAUGACUAAUAGAAAUAUGGAUGAUGAUGAAAGACUCGCAGUUAACACUACUGUUGAAUAUGCUCAAGGCCUUCCAUUAGCGCUGAAAGUUUUAGGUUCACAUCUGUGCAGUAAACCUAUACAUCGGUGGCAAGCUUUAUUAGAUGGUCAUAGAAGAAGUCCUCUUCAAGGCAUUCAAAAGAUUCUCAAAAUCAGUUACGAUGCACUGGAAGAACCAGAGAAAGAAAUUUUCCUUCACAUUGCAUGCUUCUUCAAAUAUAAAAAUAAGAACGAUGUGAUAUCAAUAUUAGAAGGUUGUGGUUACAGCAACCCUAUGUCUAGUAUUGAAGUUCUUGAAGAAAAGGCCCUCCUAAAUGUUGAACAUUCUUAUAUUUUCAUGCAUGAUUUGCUAGAAGAAAUGGGAAAAAAAAUAGUUCAUGAAGAGUCGCCUAAAGAGCCUGGUCGGCGCAGCAGAUUGUGGUAUCACAAUGAUGUUCUCCAAGUUCUAACAGAGAACACGGGAACAAGGACCAUUGAAGGCAUAAUGGUAAAGAUGCCAACCGCAGAUGUGAUACGCUUGAGUCCUAAAUGCUUCAAAAACAUGGGAAAUCUUAAAUUUUUUAUAAACGUCAACGGACGGUUUUGUGGAAGGAUUGAUUAUUUUCCGAAGCAGUUGCGGUUUCUUGAUUGGCCUAAUUGUCCGCUGAAAUUUUUGCCCUCCGAUUUUAAUAUGAAGAAUCUGGUUCAACUUAGUAUGCCUUGCAGCCGCAUCUCACGUUUUGGAAAAGAAUUCAAGAGCAUGAAAAAUCUGAAAUCUUUAAAUUUGAAGGAAUGUAAAUUCCUAGCACAAAGCCCAGACCUGUCUGGAAGCCCAAACUUAGAGUCGCUGGAUCUAAGCUGUACAAGUUUAAAGAAGAUUCACCCUUCGGUUGGAUCCCUCCAAAAGCUUAUUAGGCUGAAUCUUGCAGGAUGCUCAAACCUCGUGACGCUUCCUGAAAAAGUUAACUGGAGAUCCCUCCGUGAGAUUGAUCUUGACUGUUGUAGAAGGCUGAAGAGUUUUCCUGAAAUUAUGGGAGAGAUGAAAUACAUGACAUCCUUGCUUCUAAAGCACACUGGCAUCAAAGCAUUGCCUUCAUCCAUUCGAUAUCUAAUUAACCUUGAAUCGUUGGGUUUAUUUUAUUGUGAAAACCUCACAGAUCUACCUUGCAGCAUUUAUGAAUUGCAAAAUCUGAAGGUGGUUUGUUUGGACGGGUGCCGAAAACUAGUAACAUUCCCAAAUAAGGAGGACUCUGAAGUGCUUCCAACUUACUCAAAGGUUUCACAUGACAACCGUGACUCUUUAUCGAAAAGAAAGAGACGGAGUGAAGGUGAAUUCAAUUUAUCGAAAAGAAUGAGACGGAGUGAAGGCAGUUCAUUGGAGCCAGAGCCAGACACUGAAUUCAAUUCGGCGCUUCCUUGGCUACAUCAAUUCUUGGCGAUUGAUUCCAAUUUGUCUAAUUUUGAUUUCCUCGCGUCCCUUAAUUUAGAUAAACUUGAUUUAUCAGGAAGCCCCAUUGUUAUUCUUCCCGAAUGCAUCAACAAAGUUGUCAACUUGAGGCGUCUCUUUUUGAGUGGCUGCACGAGUCUCGUAGAAAUUCCAGAGCUUCCACCAAGGAUUGAAUGGUUGGUUGUGAGGGAUUGCGUAUCAUUGGAAAGAAUUUCGAAGUUGUCAAACAUUGUGGAGCGUAAAGAAUCACAAAUAAUGAUUGAGAUGAUGGACUUGACUAAUUGCUGGAGACUCUGUCAGAAUUUGGUUCAGAUGGCAAACAAGGAUGAUGAUGAUGAGGUGCACGCUGAUCUCUUCUCUCGACUCCUAUCUUCUCCGCAAUCCAAAUUCAGAAUUACAUUUCCAGUUCCAAGAAGCGAGGUUCCAAAGUGGUUCAGCUGUCAAAUGGAUUUCAAGGGGCAUUGUCGGUUUGAAUUUUGGAUUGAAACACUUGCAAAUUUCAGAUGGGACAACACAGGAUUGGCUCUCGCUGUUGCUGUUGAUCAAAAGGGGCAAUUAGACGCUUAUUUUGAGGUCUAUAUUCAGAUCAAUGAGGUCUAUAUUCUCGACUCAGAGCAUUCAACAAAGUCGGAUAAUGUGUGGCUGCACUAUGUUCCCUUCCUUGAAAUGUGGCCAGUUGGUUAUAUGCGUCCAUUGCCCCCUUUUACGUGUCGAGUCGUUAUUUAUCAAGAUUGGGACUCUGGCUCCUCCAUAAAAAGCUGUGGUGUCCACCUUGUAAUGCCACCCAAUGAAGACGUUUGUAUGAAGCUAAUCCGUGCAGAGAACCUCACCAGUGAACUUUCUGAUGAUGAACUUGAACUUUCUGAUGAUGAAGUUGAUCUUUCUGAUGAUGAAGUUGAUCUUUCUGAUGAUGAACUUGAACCUCAUCAGGACCUCUCGGAGGACUGACCGACUGCAAAGAAUUAUACACUGAUGCACAACUGGAAAACGGAAAGCUGUAAAUAUUACUAAUGCAGCAUAGCAUUGUCUAUGGACCAGUGUGACGAAUACAGGUAAAUAUAGUUUCCUCUGGUGGAACCAUUCACUGUUCCAAUGCCAGCUCAUCAGUUGAAAUUUUGCAUUUGCAUGUUCAUUGGCAGUCUUAUUCUAAGAUACUGAAAGGUUUAAAUAACAAGAAGCUGGGAUAUCAGAAGAAAGGUCUUCCAAAAGACGAAGCACCGCCUUGCCUGCACAAGCUUGACUUUACAAAGGGACCUCAUUGUGGUAUACAUAAAUCAAAUUUCCGACAGUGGCUUAUUGCAAUGGAGGUAAUAGUGUAUCUCUGAGUUUCAGAUAUAUGCAUAUCAUGCAAGACACUUGAAUGAAGAAGCUCUGUCGGUGAGUGUGAAAGUGGUGGUAAGAAGGUACCACCAUUUUCAUUUAAGGAGGUUCAGCAAUCAGAAACCGCGGUCUCAAUCUUGUAAGUCAAGUCCCCAACCAAAUUGCCUCCAAUGGAGGUCUGUAACAGCCAUGCCAUUACAUAUAUUCCCAGUUUAUGUCACUCUCAAGUGCUAAUGCAGUUGAGUUCAUCUCAACCAUGCUGCAGUUUCAAUAGCUUUUGUUCAAGAGAACAAAAUCCCUGCUCAACUAUCAGCUUCACCAAUGUUUCUAGCACUCAAAGGCAGAAGAACUGGGGGUUAUCUUGCUCUUCGUGGGAGGAAUUCUUUCAGUUGAGAAAUUCAGAUUGUGAAGUACCUCCAAAACAUAGGACUGCUGUUGCACAAUAAUGUAUACACAUGGAACAACUGGAGAACCAAAAGGCAUAAUUGUUACUAAUGCAGCAUUAAAGUCAGAGUGUACUCAAAGUCCUGACUUGAAACGCUCCCUGCAAGAGUAUCAUUUGGCAUUGGUAUCCUAGUCAACAAUUUUCAGUGUCAAAUUUUUCUGGGUAUUUCUAAAAUCAAAAGUAAUGAGAAUACCCCUUUUGACGGCAUA